CGCUCUCUCUGUGUAAAAACGGCGCUUUGCCUCAGUGUUUGUCUGUCUUCUCGCUGGUUAAUUAGCUUCGUGUGAAGUCACGGCUCACAAACAGCCUCAACAACUCGCUCGCGCUCUGUGGAUGUUCCGUCAUGGCAGUGACGUCAGGGCUGGACAGAUUGAACAUGUCAUGCUUAGUAUAAAAGGCAGCUCCUAUUACACGGUGUUAUGAUUUCUCUUCUGAGGCACUUUCUGCGUGAUAAGAGAAGAAGACCGUGGUCAUGAUGCCUUUCACUCUGUUAAUAAUGAUCCUCAUAGCUUUCCCAGUGUCUUCCAAUGGUGGAAAGUGGGGAUACAAUGGGCCUAAUGGAGAGCACCACUGGCCCAAGCACUUUCCAUACUGUGGUGGGGCAUUCCAGUCUCCAGUAAACUUCCAGCCAGAGUUGCUAAGGUAUGAUCCGAACCUGUUCGCCAUCCAGCUUCAGAACUACAACCUGUCCAGCAGGGAGCAGCUCACUUUAAGCAACAAUGGACACUCAGUGCAGCUGUCUUUACCAUCCUAUAUGCAGCUGACUGGCCUGCCCCAUCGCUAUUCAGCAGCUCAGCUUCACUUCCACUGGGGCACCCAAAAUGUGCAGGCUGGCUCUGAACACACGGUUAAUGGCAAGCAGUUUGCAGCUGAGAUGCAUGUGGUACAUUUCAACUCUGGCAAGUAUCCCAACAUCUCCAUGGCAGUGGACAAGUCUGAUGGUCUUGCUGUGCUAGGAGUUUUCAUUGAGGUUGGCGAGUUCAAUCCUGCUUUUGAGAAGUUCUUUAAAUAUGUCAAUGGCAUAAAAUAUAGAGACCAGAAAGUGCAAGUGCCAGCAUUCAACAUCCGGGAACUGCUGCCUUCUCGUUUGGAUGAAUAUUACCGUUAUGAUGGCUCUCUCACCACACCACCCUGCUUCCCAAGUGUGCUGUGGACAGUGUUCAGACAGCCUGUCACCAUCUCACUCAGACAGUACCUGGCACUGGCCACUGCUCUGUACUCUUCGCAUGCUCAAGAGGUGGCCCCGAUGCCCAUGCUUGGCAACUACCGUAAGCCACAGCUAAUGGACAACAGAGUGGUGUUGGUGUCCUUCCAGGAUGGCUGGGCGCUGCGUGGUACUCUUUCAGUGGCAUCUCCCACACAGAGGAGGCAGGUCAUCCAACAGCUGCUGCAGGGAGACCUUGCAGACUUGGCAGAUGAAAAACUCCACCAACUUUUGCCAAAGAUCAAACGCAAGCCAUGGGCUCCUAAGGAGUGGAAGAAUGAUCUGAUCCACCAGCAGAGCCAAAAACAGAGAAACAAGGUGCCGGGCCCCAAUGGAAAAAACCUCCCGGUCUUAAAGAACACAGACCCAAGCCUCAGUCUGGCAAAGCUUGGUAUAAAUGAGGAUGCACUGUGUUUUAUAUCUAUGGAAAAGAACGUAUCUUUUCAGCUGCUGAGACGUCACGCAAACGAGGAGAUGGUCCAUGCUCUGAAAAGAGUUGUCUUCCCAGAGCUAAACCUUAGAAGCUAUUUAAAGUGCAAAUCUGAUUUGGACCUGCAGACCAUAAGGUGUCUUCUCCGCACCAGACCUACAGAUGAGGCGGCAGAGCUGGAGCAGUCCCUAACCAAAGCCACCAGGACGGAUAGACAGCAGACCAUGCCUCUGCCGAGAUCCAUGACACCGAACCGUGGCUCAGCGUUGACCAAGCUGGCAGGACAGACCCCAAUUACUGCUCUGAAGAAUGCCCACAACAUGUUCCCCCCUUUCUACAGACAGAUUCCUGUAGAGUAUGAAGAUUAGCAACCAGAAUACAAUCUCACAACCAGAGCAGAGCACAUUACAGUAGGCAGCAAAGAAUUUACUUCAAUUCUGAAUGCUGUGGGACAUCACAGAUUCUCACAAAACUCUAUUUAAGGUUUUAGUCUGUCUUUUAUCUGUUUUUUUUUUCUUUUGCUUCAGCAAUAUCUAGACAAAAGUAGUAGCAGAAUUAUAAUAGCAGAUUUCAGGAUAUUUAUGUAGCUGCAGACGCACAGAAGUCUUAUUCUAUUUAUUCUAUCCUAUUCUAUUGAUUUGAAAUUAUGCAAUGAUGGUACUUUAAUCUUAUGCUGCUUUCAAAAUCUCUACUAGUCACAGAAAUAGAACAGUGCAUGAUGUGUCAGCCAUGUUACAGCAAAGUUAAACAUCUCAACAAUAAACACAGCUUGCAUGGAGCAAAGCGCAGCAACUCAGUUGCGAUACAUCAGCUCAGUUGCGAUACAUCAGCUCACAGAUGCCUUAUGCUGCGGACAUCACCCUUUUAGUGAUGUGAGAAGAGAAAGUGCCAUCUUCCCACCCAGAGAGAGCAAGGCCAAUUGUGCUCUCUCAGGGGUCAGGUAGCCCUGAGAUGGCAAGCAACAUGACCGGGAUUCAAACCAGCGAUCUCCUUAUCAUAGCGCCAGCUUGGAGCCCAACAAUAUACUCUUUUUUUAUCUGGAACAAGCACAUGUCUUAUCAGGGAUAGUCAUAACACUUGGGAGAAAUGUGUUAUAUUUGAUGUUAUAUUUAUUAAAAGUGCUAGUAAAUAUUAAUUUAAGGACACAGGUUUUCUUUCAUGCAAUAUAAACUUUAUAGCAUUGACAGCUUUAUGGAUUAACUGCAGAAACCAGAACAAAAAACAUUGUAGCAGCAGCAGCAUUCAACCCCUAACAGGAUUUUUUAUGUAGUUAUUUAAAGUAUACAGGGAUCCAUUCAACUUGAAUUAGCUUCUCAAAUUUCAUACUUUAUAAGCUGUUCAUGAAGUAUCAAAUCAAAAGAUAAGGUAUUGUGAUUGUUCUGCUCUUAUUAUAUUAAAAUUUAAUUAAAUCUGAAUUAAUUUUUAUUUAAAUAGAAAUUAAUUCAGUGAGUAAUGUCAAAAUUAUUUUUUUACCUUUACCUGUUACAAAAUAUGAACACGGUAUUCACUCAGCUAAAUCUCCCACAGUGAGAUAUUUUACUGCCUGCCAACAAAAAACAUCGCCUUUUAAAACACAGUAUGCAAACAUGACCAAAUACAUUUUAAUAAAAUAAUUUCCAAGGUAAUACAUCUAAGAAAUCUUCUAACACUCAUUAUAUUCUAUUAAUAUUUUUUUUACUCAUUAAUACUCAUUCAUACCUUUUAAGACCAUUUACCUCUAUGACGUAUAAACCUGCAACUCUUCUUAAUCUACUUAUUUUACUCUGCAGGGAAAAAAACUAGUGAGGUGUACAGUUCAGUUUAAUUGGUUACAAAUGUGUCCCUGCAGACCAUCCUAACCAUAUUACUAUAUUACUAUACCUUUAUAUAAGCAAAUUCUCCUCCAACAUUGACACGUAUGAUGACACAUCCGAUUUUAAUGAUAAUUUUACCAUUUCAUCUUAGUUCCUUUCUGUCACUGAACUCCAGGACCUCCUAAUUCCAGUAAUAGUCUAGACAUGAAACAGCUGUUCUAACAGUUAGCGCACUUUUCUCUGGAAUAUCCAGGCUGAAUUAUUUAAACAUCACAUAGGCUACAGCAACUGGCAAGGAAAUAUUUCAGCAUUUUAUAGGGAAAGCUUACUUCAGUGACAGUAAUUAUACAGUAAAGAGGUUAGAGACAUGCAAUAUGGAAAAAGGCAGCUAAAGAUUUAAACUUAUGGUGCUUAAGCUUUUAAACAUUCCUAUGUUGUGGCUGCUUUUGGCGUGAGUUUAGACCAGAAAUCUCGAACAGGACCAUUUAACGGAUUGACACACUUUUUAUGUGAAGUUUCUUGAUCAUAAACUGUAAAAUAAAUGCAUUACAUGGAGCAAUAAA